AUGACCGGCUGGACGGAUUUGCCGCCGAAAACCAAGGCGCGAGUGGUCGGCCGACUGGAUUUGAUCAGCAGGUAACUCGUGAGAAAUCGUCCUCCGAUUCCAAUCGGACCCCGUCCCAGAACCGCUCUCAAAUCGUGCUCCCGCGCCGAAAGAGCCCUGGUCGAUUCGACACCGCUGUUCCUGCCACGUGUCCGCUUCGUCUUCCAAGAAAGUUCGGCUCUGAUCGUGGCCUACUCGAGCAUCGAAAGGCUGCUCCGGCUGCAGUUCUGUAUCGAUCGGAAUAUCGACAAAGGUGUCGACGUUUUUCGGUUAGUCUCCAGAACCUAUCGGGAAAUGUGACACUCUGAUCGGAUUUCAGAAGCGACAACUUGUGGACCAGCGGAUGGAUGUCAAAAGUGCGGAGCGAUGACGUGCUGCGAGUGUCGGUCUCCGUGCUGAAGUGUCUGUUCGCCUCGAAAAACGUGGAGAUCGGAGUGCUCGAGUGGGAAUCGGCGGCGGCGGAUCGGGAAAUGAGCGAGAAAUGGGCGAAGCGCAUCAUGAAACAGCUGAAGGGCGCCAAGUUCCGGACGAGAAAGAUGGCGUUCAACUGGCGAUUCGAGGAGGCGACCGAGAUAUUCAAAAACUGUUGUGUGUGGAAAGAGUUGGAGGAGGUGGAGAUCGACGGAAUUCAGAGUCGGGACGAGAUCGACGGCACGUACACGGUCGACCGAUUGGACAACGGGGGCUACUUUGGCAAAAUGAAAAGUUUGAAUAAUUCUAGUUCAAAACUAUGCAUUCUUUUUCAGGAAAUGUGACGAUCUUCCUGCACGGAUCGAGUCUGAAACUCCCGAUGAUCGCCGAGUUUGCCGAUAAAAAAACAAAGCGGCGAGGAUCCGAUUCGCCGAUGUGAAAAAAAGAAGUUGAUGACGGCGAAGGAGCGGAAAAAGUGCACUGUCCGUGUGCAUCUCUUUCUUCGAAAUCAUCACAUUGUUUGCAGGCACACCACACGUGGCACUUUCAUCAAAUCGUACUUGGUUCCUGACCGACCGGAACUUCUCUUCUGGUUCUGCCAAUCCAGAUGUGGUUCGUGGAUCGACGUGGUGCCGCGGGACAUUGAGAACGAGCACAUGCGCACAUUGGAGGUACACACUUACACCAAAAAAAAAGUGACCUCCUAGAAGGGACCGAAACAAGACGGUUUCAGGACGGGAAGUGUCCGCUCGGCUGGUACUGCGAGUCGUGCUCCGAUCGGUUCGAGUUCGUCUACCACCGGGAUCUGCCACGACGCGCGCUCACCGAACCGACGGUCCCUGGAAUCUGGAUGCCGACGACGCCGAACCUCGAGGAGCACCUCAAUGCGCUUCGCAAAACGUUAGUGACUCGAAGUGCGAUGCUCGACCAUUUGGCCGCUUUUUCGACGGAAUUGACGGACGAGUACAUUGGGUCGGAAACGGAAGCCCACGUGGCACGCUCCCUUCGAAUACUCCUCUGGCGACUCUGGAGACCGAAGAAUCUGAAAUCGUGGAGGGCGUGGAAUGAGUUGGCAGAGGAGGAGGAGAAGAAAAAGAAGAAGAAGAUGAAGGAGCGGAUCCAGUAG